AUGUAUAUUGACUAUAAUUAUUUGGAAGUAUAAUUAUUAAGGUAGUUCAUAAGGAGGAGAAUGUCAAUGUGAAGGAAUAUUUGAAUGAUCUUCUCUAAUAGAAAAUUAGUAAGAUGUAGACGAUAGAGGAGGCUGAUUAGAUUUUGGAUGCUCUUAUGAAGUCAAUUGAAGAUUUGGAUGGCUAGAUAGAGAAUAAGAAGAAAAAGGUGAAUGAUGAGUUAUAGACUGCUUUGGCAGUUAGUGAAAUUAAUUUGGGGAAGAAGAUAUAAGAGAAAUAAGAGAUUGUAGAAGAAUUGAAAUAAUUGAAAGUAGAAUACCAGAAUAUAAAGGGAUAAAUUAAAUGA